GUCGCUCCUGGCGCAGUCCUAGUGAGCAGGAAGUGUGUGAACCCGCAUACAUGAAAUUGCUGCAAGUUUGGACAAAACAUCACCGAAGGGACCCUGCGAGUUUUUAUUGCUCACUGGAAAUUUCACCCUCUCGCUCUCAAAGAGGUUGUUCUACCAGUUCUUUUAUAGAAAGCCACUACCUGGACCUGUAUGGCAACAACAGCAGUGGGCACGUCCCUCCUAAAGCUGUCCACCAUGAUGAAAGAAUGCCUGCAGUUCCUCAUUGAACCGGCCAAAAAGCUCAAGAGCCGACUCAAAGAGUCCCGUAAGCGAGUGAGGCUUGACAAAAAGGAGCCGCUGGUGGAAAGUCAGGUAUUUAUUAUGGAGCUGGCGCGGGAGCUCAACAAAAUAUGCCAGAGGUCAAACGUUCUGCAGCACAUAUGGACCAGCGAGGACACGUGGCCUGCCAGGUUGUGUCGGGACUUUAUCGUGGAGUGGGCUGCUGUGCUGGAGAAGAAAGUGGAGACAAAAACCAGCCUGUCAGACUGCCAGUCCCACAGACCAGAGAAGAAGGACUGGAGGGGCCAUCUUCUUUGCAUUCUGGAGGCCGACGGGGAAUGUGACAUGGGUCCGCACAAAACGGUCAUCAUGGAAUGGAUGCGGGAAAUGAAAAGCAAGCGUGAGCCCACAGUGUGGCCUGGCGAGCCUGUGCUGAUGAUGCUGGAUGACUUGGAGUUCCAGUGGAAAAGGGGACAUCUUCCCAACUUGCUCCCCGCUUUGGAACUUGUCAUCCUGGCUGUGCUGAACGCACACAGUCCCCUCAAGGAGGAUGUGACCAAGCAAUGGCUGGUUAGAAAGCAGAGAACCCAGAAGAUGGAUGCUGUUCACUACAUCCCCCAUUGUGUCUGGAAUUGGAUUUGUGAGGCAUCAGAGGACGUGACGCUGGACCCGGACUCGGCCAACCCAGACCUGCUCAUCUCCGCCGAUGAGAAGAGCAUGCGAUGCGGCCUGGAGCGCCGGGACGUUCCUUGUUGCAGCCAGCGCUUCGACGGCUGGUGGUGCGCGGCGGCCCAGAGGGGCUUCCUCUCGGGGCGCCACUACUGGGAGGUGGAAGUGGGCCGACGGGACUGGCGGCUCGGUGUUGCCAAGGCGUCGGCUGUGAGGCGAGGCUUCUGCUUGCUCAACACGCACACGGGCUACCUCAUGCUCCGUUUGGAGAGGGGCACGGAUCUGAAGGCCCUGACGGUUCCUGCCACCUCGCUGCCUCUGAGCUUGUUGCCCAAGAAAGUGGGCGUGUACCUGGAUUACGACGAGGGUCAGCUGUCCUUCUAUGAUGUGGAGAAGCGCGCCCAUAUUUACACCUUCAAUGACAAGUUCACAGAGGAGCUGUUCCCUAUAUUUGGGACCGUGGAGGUCAUCAAGGACCUGGUGAUCAGACCUUGUGGCCUCAAACAGCGGUGCCUCUGCCCCGGGAGAUGCCUCUGGAACUGAACGGCACCGCAGACAUCAUGACAUCGUCAAGUGUGUAAGUAUGUGGUGUUUACACAAGUCUCCAACAGUCAAUACGCUAGUAUAAAUAGUCACAUGGUUGGCACAUUCAUGGGGCUAAAGCUAAUAACGCAAACAUACAAUAGCAUAGAAAGGGAUCAACUCUCACCUGCAUGCAUUUGCCGUCUAAUAUUUACAUGAAAAUCCUGCCUAUAGUUUUUUUUUUUUUUACAUUUUUGAAUUUUUCUAAUGCAGCUCUAUGGCUUUUUAUACAGGGACAAAGUGGCUUUUUUUAAUUUAAGGUUACACGGCAACCCUAUAGCUAUUUUUUUGUGUGCACUAAGCAUUAAAAACAUGCCGACUAAAAGCAAAACACAGAAUGUAAUUGUGCUGUUUCAAAAGCCGCUUUGGAAGAAAAUGUGCAACGUGUGCUGAAUUUUUGACUUAAUCAGUUGAAGUUUGCUGAGUGAACGCACUUUUUUUUCCGGGUCUAUCAAUAAACAAACGUCACACUGUGCUGCUUGUUUUCAAAUCUUUAUUAAGUGCAAUAGAUUUGAUGUCGAGAAAAUACAAAGGUAAGCGCAUCUGCUUGAAAGGCACACAUUAAUUCUUUUAAAAAAUAUAUCCUUUUAACCACGUUAGGCCCAAUAUUGCAUGUUUUUCUUUCAUAAAAUUAAAAUACAGGUACAUACAUUUCAAUACCAUGCAAAAGUUAUUUGACUUCAGGAGUUCAAUUCAGACAAAACAGAUAAAUUGAAAGGUUUUUUAUUAGGGCUGUUGUGUUAAUGCCAAUUACAUGCAACACCCAGUGUGCAAGUGUU